CGCAAGGAAGCAGCCAACUGUGCAGCGAGUCUGCUUCUGGCCUGGAACGACUCGAAAAGGCGAGGGAGGAGCAAUAGGAGGCAGGCCUUAACCCAAGACGCUGGAUUUGGCCCCUCUCGGCUUCGUGGAAAUCGGACUUUCAGCACUCCCAGCCCACCGCAUGUGGCUCUUGGAGAAAGCUGGCUAUAGGCUAGGGGCCGCGGAGCCCGACGCCCGGUGGGCGCCCUCCAGCCUGUUUCUUAAGCGCCGCACCCCGGGCUCGCUCGCGCGCACCUGCCCCAACGUCCUCACCCCCGAUUGCAUCCCGCAGUUCUUCAUCCCGCCUCGGCUCCCGGACCCAGGCGACGCCGAGCCCCUCGGCGGGCGCGACGCGGGCAGGCGCGGCCUCCCCUCGGCCUGUUCGUUGCCGCACCUGGCGGGCCGCGAAGGCUGGGCCUUCCUGCCCGAGAGCCCGCACACGCGGCGGCGCGAGUCCCUGUUCCACCGGCCGCCGGCCGCCCGCUCCGGCGGGCUGCCCCCGGCCCAGUCCCGGCUGCACGUCUCCGCCCCGGACCUUCGCCUCUGCUGGGCCCCCGACAGUGAUACGGCCUCGUCGCCCGAUUCGUCGCCCUUCGGCUCGCCGCGGCCAGGCCCCGACCGGCCCCGGCCGCCCAGGCCGCGCUCGCCGUGCCCGCAGGAGGCGAGCUCGGCAGACGCCAGCCCGCCCGCGCCGCGCCGCGCCGGGCCGCCCGCGCCGCCGCUCUUCCACCUCGACUUCUUGUGCUGCCAGCUGCGGCCGACCAAGGAGAGCGUGCUGCGCCUCCGGCCCCGGGGCGGGCAGCUACGGCUCUCCGCCGAGUACCAGGCCGGGCCCGGGAGGCUGCGGCUGCGCCUGGUGAGCGCCGAGGGCCUGCCCCUGUCGCGGGCUGGCCCCGGGAGCGGCGGCGGCGGCUGCUGCGUGGUGCUGAGGCUGCGGCCGCGCGCCCGGCCGCAGGCCCAGCGGAGCCGCGUGGUCAAAUGCAGCGCCAACCCCAUCUUCAAUGAGGACUUCUUCUUCGAUGGGCUCGGCCCGCCAGACCUGGCCGCCCGAAGUCUGAAGGCCAAGGUGCUGGAUAGGGGCGCAGGGUUCCGCAGGGACGUGCUGCUGGGGGAGUGUGAGACGCCUCUUAUAGCCCUGCUGCCCCCCUUAGGCGGUGGGCUAGGUCCCGGGGCCUCCCUGGCGCCUGCCCAUCUCAGCCUGUAGACUGAGAGACUGUCUCUUCCUCAGGAGGUCCCCACCCGCUCUGCAGUCCUCAUUCUUUCCAUCUGCCCGGCAUGUAUUUAUUUUUGCUAAUAAAAUGUCUCUCUCU